AUGUGCGCAGCUCUCAGUCCGGCCCAUUUUCAGCUUCGUGUCAAGAUCCUGUCUGAAGCGGCGAAGCAUGCCCCCACAACCGGAUUCACGAACGCUACCCUCGCUGUUUCGCUCAAAUCCAUCGGAGCGGAAGAUAUUACCGACAGAACAUUGUCUCACAUUUUCAACAGAGGCUUUCCGAUUGCCCUCGUCGAACACAUUGUGAAGUCGACAAACUUGCAUGUGCAGCAGAAGUUGGAGUCUGCUUACAACAAGGACGCCAUCAUCAAGAGCAUUGACUCAAACGUGGAUGCCUUUGUCCAAAACAGACUGCUACUCCCCACUGAGAAGGACGUUGCAGAGAAAGCUAUUUUGUCGAAGCUUGAGUUGCUGAUACCUUUAGCGGAACACUGGCCAAGCGCAGUGGCUCUUGAAUACCUUCCAGCCAACCUACCGUACACUGUAAUUAACGUGGCGGAGUUUGUCGAUACAACAGUAUACUAUAUGGAGCGUGCUGCCACUCUUGGAGAGUUGCUUGAGCCGGCACGCCGAAUUCUCCGAUCAAAGGCAAUGGCGUCUCGCAUUCAAUCUGGAGAAGUGGAUAGCAACGGUGCGUUGCCUACUUCGGCUUUUUUCAAGAGCUUUCUUAAGGGUAUUCCGCUAUCAUCAGGUCCGUAUGCUGGCCCUUCGGCAUUGAAUAUGGGGUGGUACUGCAAAAGAGCGCAGGUGGCGCUUGUGUAUGGGGCGGUCACCACUUCUUUGUUAGGCGACGCUUCACCGAACGCGGCCGACACUCGGUCCUUGACAAAAGCUGCGGUUGAAACGCUUUUUUAA